GUGUCCAAACAUUAUAGAAGCACUAAAUGUAACAGACAUCUUAGAAUUCCAUCUCCUGGGUCUCUCAGCUGAUCCAGAAUUGCAACCUGUCCUCUUUGGACUAUUCCUGACCAUGUACCUGAUCACAGUGUUUGGGAACCUACUCAUAGUUAUGGCCAUCAGCUUUGACUCCAACCUCCACACCCCUAUGUACUUCUUUCUCUCCAAUCUGUCCUUGGCUGACAUCUGUUUUACCUCUACCACUGUUCCAAAGAUGUUUGUAUACCUCCAAACUCACAGUAGAACCAUCUCCUAUGAGGGCUGCCUGACACAGAUGUCUCUUUUUCUCAUUUUUGGAUGCAUGGAUGAUCUGCUUCUGACUGUGAUGGCCUAUGACUGUUUUGUGGCCAUCUGUCACCCCCUGCAUUAUCCAACCUUUAUGAACCCUCAACUUUGUGGCUUGUUAGAUUUGGUGUCUUUUUUGGUUAGCCUUUUGGAAUCCCAGCUGCACAAUUUGAUUGCAUUACAGUUUACUACCUUCAAGGAUGUCAAAAUUGCUAAUUUUUUCUGUGACCCUUCUCAGGUCCUCAGUCUUUCCUAUUCUGGCACCUUCAUCAAUAUCAUGGUAAUGUAUUUUGUUGGUGCUGUAUUUGGUGUUUUUCCGAUCUCAGGAAUCCUUUUCUCUAACUAUAAAAUAGUUUCCACUAUUCUGAGAAUCCCAUCCUCAGGUGGGAAAUAUAAAGCCUUUUCUACCUGUGGGCCUCACCUAUCAGUUGUUUGUUUAUUUUAUGGAACAGGCUUUGGAGUGUACCUUGGUUCAGCUGUGUCACAUUCUUCUAGAAAAUCUGCAGUGGCCUCGGUGAUGUACACAAUUGUCACCCCCAUGCUGAACCCCUUCAUCUACAGCAUGUGGAAUAGGGACAUUAAGAGUACCCUAAAGAGGCUCCACAGUAGAAUCAUGUAA